AUGGUUACGUCUGAAGAAAACAGACGAGAUAUAGACAUUGAGGACGAAAAUGUGUUUUGGAAUUUCAUUCAUGAAAAAAUUGUUGUGAAGAAAGAAUUUGAUGUCGUGAAUUUCUCUUUGUGGGAAAACUUCAAAGCGAUGCAAAACCCAACGUGGACUGUUGAAGAACUUGACGAAUAUUACAAUGAUGUAAUGAAAGAUUGUUUGUACAAAGCAGAAAUUGACAGAAAAAUUAUUCUUGAAUUAUAUCAGCACUUGAAAUUACCGUUGGACGAUCAUGCAGAGAAAUUACUAGAGAAAGACAUUCCUGCAAUUAUUCGCCGAAAUGCGCGAAAAGAAGUUGUCCGUUUUCGUAUAGUCGGAGAGCACCAAACAGCUCCAGCGCCUCAACGUACCGUAUCCCGCUCUCAAUUACUAAUUCAAAAUCCUCCCGUUGCAAAAACGACCCCUACUACAUUAGUUUCUAAUGCUGAAAAAUCGCCAUUGGAAACACCGGCUCCGUCACGACAAUCUUCUCCAGUCAGUGUUUGGACUAAUCAGCCGAUUGAGAAACGGGAAAAAGAUAUCGAAGAGCCGCGAUCGAGCAAUUCGUCAAGUCCAAAACGAGAGGUUAUCGAUAAUGAAGAUGAUGGAUAUAAAGAACUUGUAUAUAGGUUUACCAAACCAAAAAGAAGUGGUUUUACCUGUGAAGAUCAUCGAAAAAUGUGGAUGCACAUUUAUAAGGAAGCAUUCACAUCAAGUGGUCACUUGAAAGAUGUUUUCGAGUCUCCAAAAGGAUUGAUUCUUUGGAGGAAGUAUAUCGCACUAAAUCAGUGUUCAAAGUCGGACUCAAACCUUGCAUCACACUACCGUAAAGUCAUGCGAUUUAAUCUUCAUCGUGCUAGGUUGGAUCGAGAUAUUCUCCUCAAAUUAUAUGAUGUUGUUGAUAUUCCAUUGCCGAUGGAUGUAAUCAAAGAAUUGGAGCACCGGUUUUCAAUUAAAGUCAACGUUCAAGAUGGAAGAUUGUAUAGUUGGACUGAAGUCGUUGAAGAAAAAAAAGCGGAUGAGAAGGAGAAAGAAGAAAAAGAAGAAGACAGUGAUGACACAGUGCCUUUGUCGAAGGAGAUGGAGGAUGACGGACCAGAAAAUCUCCAAAAUAGAAACAGUUCGACUACCAACACAAGUAAGAAGACUCCAAAAAGACGUUUGAGUUCUACGGAAAAAGAUCACGAGAAAACAUCGACCUCGUCACCUAAUAAAGAAGAGAGCAAGAGAAAACGGUCGCAGCUGCCGGAAACUCCGAAAGGCACUGAUACGAUUGAAGUGGGAAAAACAAGUAGUUCAGGAGUAUUCCAAACAAGAGAACCAUCGCGUAUAUUGAAUUGGAAAGCACCAUCCCCACAGCUAAAUGGCGAUGACGAAAAUGGCAACAACAAACGAAAAAGAAGAUCGUCGCAGAUUCUCGAAUCUCAAAGUUUGUCUGAAAAGAAAAGAAAUGAUCAAAAUGAUGAGUAUUCUGAAACGUUGGAGGUGAUGAUUGGAAGUUGUGAUAGCCAAUUGUCGGAUAGUAGCACAUUUGUAUGCGAUAUCAAGUCGGAGCCGCCUUCGGAAUAUUCUAUAAUCUCGGAAAUUCCGGAAAUAUCAUUGAGUGAAAUAAAAGAGAGAGAGAUGAGUCUUAACAAAGAACUAGGCGAAAAACUUUUGAAACAGGCAUUGGAGCUGGCGGAUCGAAUGAAUAUCAAUCGCGAAGAUGCUUUAAAGGUUUACACGAAAUUGUGCAACGAAUUGAAAACAGAACAAUUUCUGUUAGAACCAAGCGAUUUCGAGAGUUUCGUGAAAGCAAUGAAUUUUUCUGAUGAUCGGGAAUUAGUGGAAUCGGCGGAAAAUGUCAUACAACAAGCAAGCAAAGAAGCGUGGAAUUUGGUUUGUAACAGCACACUUCUUGAAUGGAUUUUAUAG